GGGGUUUUCACUCCCUUGUGCUACUCAAUAUAAAGGCUACGGUUGCCUGCUCUUCUCCAGGGUCCGAGAAUCAAGCUUACAACCAACACUUGCACCCGCUAUGUUGACCGACUGUCUGGUUAUGGAUUGUCGCACUCAGCUUGCAACUAUCGUUCCUUGAUUGCUUAUAUGACAAACGGACACCUCAUCAGGACUGCUAAGGUAUUGGAGUGUUUCUUGCCAGAGUAGGAAACCCAUCGAACGACAACUCGUUGCCAUGGGCAAGCCCGGUCGUGGUCGUGAGCCAGCCAACUUGAUCGGAUCUAUCGAGCAGACUUACAAGGAGGCUCGAGUCAUCAUGCUCGUGUGUCUCGCAUCGUGGCUUGUGGGUCAACUUAGAUUCAGUUUCGCGUGGCUAUUCUUCGUCCUUGCGGCCAGCCGCACCUACUCCAAUGUGUCCAUGAAGCGUAUGCAGCGAGUUGUUCGGGACGAGUGCCAGCGCUAUCACGCUACCAAGAUCCUGGCCCACGGUGAGACUAUCAAUUGGGUAAAUGGAAUCCUCCAACGUCUCUGGCACAUGAAUCAAGCUCAAAUAAGUGAACAAAUUGUCCGCUAUGUGAAUGAUGGCCUCGCUCGUCGUACCUGGACCGAGCCUGACACACCGCCCCAGGAAGUCAUUCUUCAUUCGCUUGCCUUGAUUGAGUUGCCGCUUCAAAUGACGCGAGUAUUUGUCCAUCGCAAGCCCUUUUCGCCGAAUCUGAUCUUUGAAGGCCGCUUCGAAGUGAACCUAGCACCACAUGGGACCGAUCACCAUGGUUUACUGGAAGUCUUUGAGCACCCGCUCAUUGAUCUCACGAUUGUUCGUGAUAUUGACGAACACUAUCGCCAUCAUUAUCACAGCCAUCAUCACCACAAUCUCGCUGUGCAGGUGCGACAGUUCACUAGUCAAGGGUCACUACGGAUCGAGUUGGACCUGGAAGGCGAACAGCCCGCCUUGCUCCAGCCGCACAUUGAGCUACAGGAGCAGCCGAAGAUGGAUUGCACGAUCAAGUCGAUCAGCCAACACCAUUUCCCAUUCCAUUUCGCCCACCAUGUCGACUGGCGCCGAGUGGUGGAGAUGCAGCUACGCGAAGGACUAGGAUGGGCCUUCCGUCGACCACUGCCUCUAGGGGAAAGGUGGCUGAUCAAGAUGAUGACGUGGUGGUGGCAUAUUCUCAACUAGGCUCGUGACGAUCCCGCUUCAUGAUUUAUCCCCGGAGCGGUGGAGGAUUUUGUUCAGCCCUGGAGGAUCUCAAGGCCAUAGGGCUGAAAACAGGUGUGUCGGCGAUCGCGAAUCAAAUGGACAGAAACGGUGUUGCCUAUUGCCCACAAUGGCUCCCGUAUGCGUAUUGAAAAAUACGGUCGGCAACCGCCCCCGGAUCGAAUUUGCCGAGGCCAACUCUGGGAUGACCCA